CUGCUUUGAAUUUCCGGCGCUGCGUUUGCCUCGCUGUUUUGGCGACUCUUUGGCGGGGCGGGCGAGUGAGAAUAUGUUGCUGGUGAAUUGGCCCUGAAGUUGCUCCUCCGGAGGGUUCGAAAGCAUCUUAGAAGGGCUUUAUGGACCAAGGUUACUCAGAGACCUCAGUUUAUUUGAUGACGGAUGGCUUUGGCAGAGAAGAUUAAGGCGAAACCGAAGAGAAUAGGGCCCAUCAAAGACCAAAGUGGACAUCUUUGUGUGGAGCCACAGGAGAUGGACUGUGAACCUGAAGAAGUGACUGACUGGUCUAUGAAUGAAAACUGUUCAUUUUGUUGCAUAAGGAGAGAGAAAGUCAAGGAGCAUAUCUCAUCUGUGAAUGCACCUCCAACACUGACAUCUACUGAGGAAUCUCUAUCUCAGGGGCAGUCCCACACUGAACAGCUUGAAUGCCAAGCAGACAAAUUUCUUAAUGCUAUCUUUCAUAAAAAAGGUCCAGCAAAGCCAAAGCAUCCUGUCCUAGAAGGAAAGAAUUACAAGCAAGACAGGAGGAGGAUGAAUACCUCCAAGCAAAAUGGUGAAAAAGGCUGUCUCUUCUCAUCCCUGCAUAUCACCAUGCAGAUUCUGAUGUGGCGGGAAAGAAUGCAUCCCCUUGCUCACCUUCCUCAGAACUGUGAUCGCAACAUUCCUUUAGUUGCUCAGGAAAUAAUGAAAAGAAUGAUUCGUCAGUUUGCAAUUGAAUAUAUAUCCAGAAGUAAUCGUGUUCAUGGAACUCAAACUGGAUCAGCCGAUGAAUCUGUUUCAAUCCCAGAUGAUCCUCCUGCCAACCAAACCCAGAACUCCUUUCAUCAGGAGCAGGAGGGACCAUUAGACCUCACUGUGAAUAAAAAUCAACAGAAAUGUUUUCAACAAGCAGAUGGAGUGCUUGAUCUGUCAACAAAGAAGAAUAGUAUAAAUUCCACACUAUCAACUGGAUCUUGUCCUACAUCAACCACUACCAAAUUAUCAGGUAAUGGCAUAGAAGCUGAUGCAGGAAGAAUAUUUGACUCUACCAACAAAACUGGUUGCGUAAGCUACAAAGUAACGACAUUGAAUGAAAUUUUAUCUACAUUGUGCCAUGUUCAUCAGAAACUUCUUACAGCAAUGCUGAAGUGUCUAAUUCAAGAAAAAGGUGCUUUCAAUAUACAAUGCAGAGAACAAAGAUAUUCACAACUUCAAAAUUCCUCAUUUAAUUCCAGUGAAAAUAAAGCAAAUGAGGAAUCAUGUAAUUGUACUAGAUUCCAAUGGUGUGAAAGUUGCUCCACGCAGACUGUACGAUCAGUUCCUCUUCCAUGGGUUCCUCGCCAUAGUUAUAUGAAAGACGUACAUUGUUCAUCAUGCAAAAAGGGCACACUCGAGUGCUUUACAAUAAUAAGUAAUGGAAUUUGCAAAAAAUGUAACAAGAUCAAUGUAUACCAAGUUUGCACUGGGUCAUAUAAACAUUUUUCUGGAGGCAUUUAUGGCCGAGGAGCUGUUCAAGUUUACAGUGAACUUCCAGUUGAAGAGAUUUCCAACACAACAGCAGCAGAAUCUCCUAUCCUGACAUAUGGCAUCAAAGAUUACAGUAAACCACGAAGUCCUUCUCCUCCGCCUUUAUCGCCAGUAGAAACUGACAGUUUUGAAGUUGAUAGGAUGAACAAAGCCAUUUCUACCUUAGAUGCCAAUAGUAUUGAACUUAUCAUCAACCAGCCUCCCUCUCUUUCACCAGAAGAGGAAGAAUGUUGUAACCCUGGGGUCUCAAACCAAACUCAGACCAGACCAAAGUCAGCAGAUCAACUCCAACCGGGAAUGUAUGAAUUUGAAGUAGUCCAUAAUGAAAUUAGUAGGUCAUCAGAAUCUGCGAAUGACUUGGAACAAGGUGAGCAUUCUGCUUCAUUUCAGGAGGUAAUGGAGCGGAUAAAUGAAAAAUUGAAAUCAAUUGAAACAUCAGAUGAAGGCCAAGUUUUGGCAAACCUUUCCAAUGAUGAUUCUUGUAAUCAUAAUGACAGUCUUAAAUUGAGAGAAAUCACAUCUUCUUUAACACACAAAGCAAAAGUCAGUGAUUAUAGCCUAAUGGAAUUACUUAAGCAACAUGAGAAAAACAGGGAAAACAGAAUUAUUCAAACUCGUUUCCGGAAGCGGCAGGAGACCUUAAUUGCUCUGCAUAAUUCUCCAGAUUCGCCAUCAUCUCGACGUCAGACGGUACAAAUAAAAAGAGACCUUGCAAAUCUUGAUCAACUAUUUUUAAAUAAGGAAUCAACAUGUGAAAAAUUUGGAAGGAAGUCAGCAAAGAGUUGUCAUAAAUAUAAAAGUUCACCAGAAAAAGAAUCUACACUUAUAGAACAUUAUAUUAAAGAAACUUCCCCAGAAGAAGAAUCUUUACUAUUCAGUAAAGAUUUGGAGAAUGUUGAUAAUGUUAUUUUGCAAUCCAGUAGUUUGCCUGGCCAAUGUGAAGCUGAAUUUAGUGAGUUAACACCAUCUUUAGAACUUCUUGUAAAUGAAACCAGAGAUGUGACAGAGUGUGCCAAUUCAAAAGAAAGUUCAAAUGCAGAUCUGUUCUACAUUCCUGACCUGGAUGAAAUUAGAAUGGGGAUUCCAAUGAAGAAUACCAAGAAACCUGAUUAUGAUUUUCAGGAAUUUCCUUUGUGCUUACAAGAUUCUAACAAAAUGGAUUAUAAAUCUAAAAUUGGGAGGGCCAAACGAAAAAUUCUGCCUCCAGAAAGAUUUUCUAUAUAUAUUACUGAGCCUAGAAAAAUGUUCUAUGCUGCCUGUUUUCCUGAAAAUUUCCAGCGAAAACCUAUUAAGGCAAAAAAAUCUGAUAUGGAGUGUGAGAGUAAUGCUUGUGAAAUGCCUAAUGUUGCCAAUUCCAUGAAGAUAACACUCCAUAGUGAAGAGCAAGACAAUGUAGUUGUAUAUGAAGUUGCUGAAGGUUUGGAAGCAACUUCCUCUACUCAGUGUGAGCUCCUGAAGGGCAUAGACAGUAACAGUAAAAGAACUGAUGAUUUAUUAGCAAUGGAAGAACAUACAACUAAGCAUAAUUCACCUGACAUAAUACUUCAUGCAUCACAAAAAACAGAUGAACUCGUGGAUCAAUACAAUAAUAGAAAGGAAAUAACACCUACAGUGUUAAAUGCUGAUUCAUUGAAAGCUGUUUGUUCCAUGGAACAUAAUGACCCUGAUGUUUGUAACAAUGGUAACUCAAAGUUUGUUGCCAAAUGGGAAACGUUGGAGAAUGCAGUAAAUAAUUUAUUUUCUAGUAGCCCUAAUUCUGGUGCCAUACUUGACUCCAGUUCAUUCUUGGCAAGUGGCUGUCUGAGUGUGAAUCCUCCAUUGCAGCAGAGGUGUCUACAUCAUGCAAUUUGUGAUAGCUUGGUUCAUAAGAAUACUGAUUCUCUAAACGGAAUAGACAUGAGUAAGAAUUGCUCCAUUUAUUACAACAGUCCCAUAAAGCUUAUGUUUCUUUCUGAGAUAAACAGUGAUAAAGGAGUUAAAUAUACUCUGACGUCUGUGACCUCUUCUUCAAAGCUUGACACCAAUAAUCCUCUUUCAAAAGUUCAUCCUGAAGAAAUUUACCUUAAAGGACCAGAGGUAAGCAAUUCAUCUGGUUCUGAAAAUGAUAAUGCAACAGAGCAUUUCCAAAAUCUGCCAGCUUGUGAAAGUGAUAAAACAACAGAAUAUAUCCAAAAUCCACCUGCUUCUGAAAGUGUUAAUACAGCGGCAUAUUUCCAAAAUCUGUCUGCUUCUAACAGUGGUAAUGCAGCAGAAUGUUUGGACAGUUGUUCAGAAAGUUCUUCUAAAACCUGUGAGGAUAUAAAUUGCAACCUAGAUGCAUUCAGCUGUAAUGGUUCUCCUUGUUGUUCAAAUAAUUAUACAGGUGGUAAUACCAGUCAGAUGGUAGAAAUAACAUUGGCUUCAAAGGAAGUGGCUGAAUCCAUUCUUAAAAGAAAACCUGGUCGACCCAAAAAACUGGGCCCACCAGUGGAAAAGCAGAUUAAAAGGCCCAAGGGCAGACCACCGAAGCCUAAAGUGGAAUUAUCAGAACCUGUUGAGUAUACGACUGAAGAUGCACAUACUGAAAAACUCAAUCCCCCUUCCACAGAUGAUAGCCGUAACAUUAAAAUUACUGUUGUCUAUGGAAGAUCAAGAAGGUUCAAAAGACUUGUAUCUGAGAAUGAUAAAAUUUUAACAAAUAAUCACCUCAGAAAUGCUAAUGAAAGUAAUUUAAAACAAAAUUGUGAAAAUCAAAUAGUGCAGUGCAGUGAAAGUGUGCAAAAUUCCACUGCAGAGGAAUUUGAAGGCAAAACUGAUAGUUCUGCAUCGUCAGUGACUGAAUGUGAAUAUGGAUAUGAUUUAGUUAGGCCCAUAAAGGAUAAACCUGUUUCACUUCAUACCACUGGCAAUGCUGUUUGUCCAAGUAGCAAGCCUCCGUCAACUAAAACUUGCAAAGGUGGACAACGAAAACCUGGACGUCCUGCUAAAGUGAAGAUUUCGGGUAUAUCUGUGACUGUUAAUGCAGUAUCACCGCGGGAAAGAAAAGUCUGUAUUAAUAGUAUACUACCUCCAUUAGAACAGGAGUCCCCACCUUCAUAUAAGCAAUCCGAAGAUACAACUAUCAAAGACAGUAACUUAAGUAGAGAGAUGUCUUUGAGCAUUCCAAAUAACUGUGAAGCAAGAUCAAAGGAAAAUCCUGUUGAAAAGAAAGUAAAACAUACUCUGCCCCUGAGGCAUUCAGUUAGAAUUAGAAAGCCAUCUCUGUACUUCUUGCAUUCCUUUGCAAACUCUUGCUCACUUUCUCAAAGCAGUGCCCUAAUACGUAAAUCUCGAAAGCUGCUUUUAAACAAAGCGGGGAAUGAACUUGCUAAAAGCAGGAAGUUGGGUCUUAAAAUGGCAGCUGAAAAUAUCGCCUCAAAUGUUACAUUGGAGAGCAAAGAGGAGGAAACCAAGAAUGAAAUAGAUGAAUUUGACUGUGGUUUUGAAAUGUCAGCAGAUCCAGUUUUUGUAUCAGGCACUUCACUCAGGUGGUGGCACAGCUCCACUUCAAAACAAACUUUGCAGGAGGAACUUGAUCUGCGAUUUGAACAAAUCAACAGUGGUUGGCAUCCUGUUGAUGCCGCAGAAUUGAUGAUUUCUUCUGACAAAAGAAAACAUCCAAUUCACUUUGAAGGCAUCACUAAAUCAGUGAUGAUUGCAGAUAAUAAGAAUCGGGUUCAAAUUUCCCCUAUCCAAAUGUUGUUUCAGGGGCAUUGUAAUAUGGAUAAAAUUCGUGCAUGGUUUAUGCAAACAACAGAAACUCAUUCUUUAGCAAUUGUAAGAAAAGAAAAUGCCCGUGAUCCCAUUGAGGUUCUGAAUGCUAAAGGAAUUACUGCAUCAGGAAAUCAAGUUGAUUCUGCCUCCAACCCUCAGGCAGAACAUUUGAAAAAGCACCUUAAAAAAUUUGCACUAGAAUCCCCUGUAAGGCCAAGAGGGCAAUUCCAUCUGUCAAACAGGAUGUCAAAGUUUAAAGUUUAUAAACCUAAAAGGCUUCUGGUAGAACAUAACAAAAGGGUUUGUUGUAAACCACACCACAAGAAAUUGUUGCACCACCAUAGAGUUCAGUACAAGCAAUGGAAGUCUGCUUGGAAGCAUUUAAAUGAAAUUCCACCAUUCCAACAUGACUCAGUGAACGUAGAAAGCAAAAACAGUCAAAAAAAAGAGUCUGAAGUAAAUAGCUUUUCAACUGCAAAAGAAUCCAUAUUACUGAACAAUGGAAAGGAAAAUGAAAACCAAGAUAAAAUAAUAACUCGGAAUAACGCGAGUGCUGCUUUAUCUAGUUGUGCAGAUGAACAGAAUUUAAAUUCAUUGAAAAGCUCAGAAUGUAAAAGAACUGAAAGUACAACAAAGGAUUCCGAAAAAGAAGCGUCUGUUGUGGGUGGGCAGCAAGAAAUUAUUUGUAGAAACGUGAACUGGAAACUGGCAAACUUUAAAGAAUGCAGGGUAUUUCUAAGGAAGAUCAACUCCCUGGAUCAGAGCCAUUUCAGAAAUAAUGGUGUAUGGACUCCGUCCAAAAAUAGCUCAUCCAAUAGUAAAGGCACAGAUAACCUUCAGAGGUACACUGAAGUAAAUACAGAUCCAUGUACUGAAAUGAAUAUCCCUGCUGUUAGUACCUUUGAAACACAAAGUUUAAACCCUGUAGGUCAUAAUCCAUGUGAACCAAAAGGGAAGAGAAAGUACACAGAAAGAACAAAUAAUGAGAAUGGGCUAAGUUGUUCACCAUCUAAAAAAGUUAAGUAUUUUGCAAGCAAGCAGUCGAUUUGCCAAGUCAACAGCAAUUGCCUCCCUUCGUUGGAUACAAACAGUAACUCAGUAAAUGAAAAGAGUUCACAAAAGGAAAAUGCAGAAAUAGUGAAGGCUAAUGCAGGAAAAGUAAAAAGGCAUACAGAUGUCAACACAGAUGCAACAUCAUUGAAGAGGAUGAGACAAUCUGUUGAACAAAGAUUGUCGUGUAAUCAAUUACAGUUCCAAAUCGGCAACUCCACUUGAUGCGGAAUUAUACCUUUAUAAUGGAUGGCUGGAAUUACACAUCAUUGCUACCAAGACUUGGCACAUCUUACUGUAAAUUUGGAAUUUUAAGAAGAAAGUUGUCUUAUCUCAUUCAGAAUCUAUUUAAUUAGUGCCUUAAUAUUCAGCCUACUGAUUCAGGUUGAAUGUAUUUAGCAGUAUCUUUUUGUGUUUGCUGCUUUCUAGCUAAAACCUGAAGCUGUCUGAACAAUGUUGUAGAUAUCAGAGUUGCACUAAUUCUCUUUAUACAAAAAAAUCUCAUGCUUAUUGCCUUGCAAGAACCCAUUAGAGUAUCUACAAAUUAAUGUUCCUUUGGAUUACUACUAGUUCUCAUACAUGUAUAUAACAAUAGCAUCAGCUGAUUAAUUAUUCAUUCUUUUUAAGCUUUUCUGUUCAAAACUUUAUUUUCACCAAAUCAUAUACAGUUGUAAAUCAUAAUCCAUUCAAAGUUUGUAUUACUUGUUUUGAAAGGGAAAUUAUGGAAUAUGAUUUAUUUUCACUGUCCAUGUUUUUGGAAAGCAAGGCACUUCAGUUAUUGUACUCAACUUACAUUACACUUUAGUAAUUUUCUGUGUAUAUUGUGUUGUAAUUUUUUAUAUAUAAAUUUGUAUCAAUGUAGUUUGAUAAGUUCUCAAAAUUUUAAAUAGUUCAAAUUGUCCUUUAAUGGAAACAGUUCUUGUUGCAGGAGUAAAACUACCUCAAACUAUUGAGCAUAUUUUAAACUUUUCUUUAUGGGGGAGUGGGGUUCAUAGAUAUAUUAUGUGUAGACACUGGUAUCUGCUUCAUUUGAUUGUGCAAAUCUCAACAACAGUGAAUUAGUUGCAGGCCUGAAAGAACUGGUCAUUGUUGUACAAGGCCUAGGUAUACAAUCUUUUGUCAGUGCUUUUCUUCAGUGACAUUUAACUCAGGGAAAAUAAAACUUGUGCUUUGUCUCCAGAUUAUUCAGUCUGGUAGAGUGCCCUGUGGUAAAAUGUUACUACUCUGAAUGUGAUAACCUGUAGAACAAAAUCUGUCUGCAGGGCCUUUUCUUUAAAUAUUUACAGCAAUGGGCAGUUCAUCUGUUUACUGCCUAAUAAGCUGUAAAAUUUCAGUCCUAAUUUGCUGUACAGUAUUCACUUUCUCUCAACUUGAAUGAGAUAUUUUUGGCUUGGUGAUAAAA